CACUGCGUCUGUUCCUACGGUGUUUAAGUCUGUAUUUAAUUUCUGUCGUAAAGCGAAUAUACUUUAAAACGCUUUAAUGUUCACUUUUGAGGAGUUGACUGUCGUGAUGCGCUUGUGAGCUAGUUAGCCUUAGCUGGAGAGCUACUGUGUGGGCGAAAGUUACCGGAGGGGUGUUUGAACCGGAUUAAUAAACCGGAUUAAAUAUGGGGAAAUGCGACCGCUUUGUACAACCUUUUCGUUAUCUCCAAGAUCCGCACCUUGUGGCCCGUUUUCAGCAGAUAUGCGGCGUACGUGGGGUGUUUUCGGGAGCCGUUGGUAUUGGAAGUCCGAGCGCGGCGGAGAAUCAGCGUCACAAUAACGGUGCAUGUCUCCGUCACCUCCCCGGGAGGCACGAAGGGGAAAGAGCGGCCGAUGUGGUGACUGGAGAAGGGGACAGAGCAACAGCUGCGGGGGUCCGGAUGAGGAUCACCAACUCUGAUUUGACAACGAGCAGCAGCCCAUUGAAGUCCCGGGAUGAAGGCGAUCCUCUCCCACAGAACGGGGCUGUGUUCUCCGGUGCUCUCGGCGGGGGAAACUCGGAGGAUCUGGUUCUCCUACAGAGCAGCAAAGUGAAACCUCUCCGCAAAAACUCCUUGACAGGGGACGCCGGGCAGGAGUUCCUGAUCGAGAAUCGGCUCUUGUACUAUUUAUUCAUUUUCGGAACCGAGCUCGGUAACGAGUUGUUCUACAUAACUUUCUUCCCCUUCCUCAUUUGGAACAUGGACGCUUUCGUGGGUCGGAGACUGAUUAUGGUCUGGGUUUGGGUCAUGUACCUGGGACAGUGCACUAAGGAUGUGAUCGGCUGGUCCCGACCCGCUUCUCCACCCGUGGUCAAAGUGGAGAUGUUCUAUAACUCUGAGUACAGCAUGCCAUCCACACACGCCAUGUCCGGAACCGCCAUUCCCUUCUCCCUGUUCAUCAUGACCUGUGGCCGCUGGGAGUACCCGUUCAUACUGGGCUUCGGCCUGGCUCUCUGCUGGUGUCUGCUGGUCUGUCUUAGUCGCAUAUACAUGGGGAUGCACUCCGUCCUGGACGUCAUGGCCGGCGUCCUGUACAGCAUCCUGAUUCUGACAUUCUUUCUGCCUGCCUUGGAUCUGAUUGAUGGUUUCAACCUGACAUUCCGUUAUGCUCCCCUCAUCAUUAUCUCCCUCCAUCUGGGCCUGGGCCUCUUCUCCUUCACCUUGGACACCUGGAGUACUUCACGGGGCGACACCGCUCAGAUUCUGGGCGUGGGCGCUGGUUUGGCUCUGGCCUCUCACGUCAACCACCACCUGGGAUUACUGCCUGACCCACCACUGGACCAGCUGCCUUUCUCCAUGCCACGUCUCAGCGUGGGCCUGGUGGCCAUGGCCGUACUGAGGUCCUUCCUGGGCGUGUUGAUUCUGGUGGCCACACGUGCACUCAUGAAAGCCAUUACCAUCCCUCUAGUGUGCUGGGUGGUCGGCGUUCCCAGCAGUGACGUGAGGAAGGCCCGUCAGCACAUGGAGGUGGAGCUGCCCUACCGCUACAUCACCUACGGGGCGGUGGGCUUCAACGUGCUCUUUCUGGUUCCUUUCUUCUUCAGCUGCCUGCAGUUGUCCUGAUUGGAUAUUGAUUCACUUUCUGUACAUACACUGGAGGGCAUGAAGGCAGCCUUCACAGAGGUCCACUUCAUGCUGUCGUCACAUCAGCUCCACCUCUUCGGAGGAUCGGGCUUGAAGCUGGGCUGAUCUGGGUGCUGACAUGUCAUCGGUUUUGCAGUUUCAGGAUGAAGCAGAUGGUGUAUAAUAGCUUCCUCCCUUUGUGCUGAGCGUGUCCUGGAGGCAAGGGAAUCUGCUAAGCCGGCAAAUGAUAUCACUGCUUUCUUUUUUGAAUUUGUUUCAAAGUUAAAUCAAAUGGAUUUCCCCGUAAAUCAGAGCUCACUUUUCUCACUGUAAGAGAAGAAUUAACAAAGGUUCAGUGGCCUGUGAAAGUGUUAUGUUAUUAUACCUUUUAAGUACAUUUUGGAAGCUGUCACUGAUGUAUCCAAUUGAAUGUCUGAUGUGUUGUGUGUUUGAAGACGGAGUGUAUGGACUGGACAGAGGACUCACAGCAUAUCAAGCAACAUUCAAACAUUGUGCUUUUUACCCACAGGAACAUUGUUCAUCCCAGAUCUUUGUCCUUCUAGCUCACGUCUCCAUGCAGUACGCUUUUUUUUGUUUUUUUAACACCUUGCUGUGUUUUAGCUUUUUGACAUUUGACCCCUUGUGUUCAGCCUGUGUGCAGUGGAAAAACCUGUGUUUAUUUGUGUGCAACUGUCUCUAUGUGAUUUUGUUUGUUUCUUCGCACAUGUCCUAUGUGUUCAUACCGCGUUCUUCCUGUUUGGUCGGGUUUGUUCAGGUUUCACAUUUUGUUCUUUGAUGGGAGAAAAGCAACAAAGAGGCACAUAUAUGAUCCUAAAAGAUGGAGAAGUCACUUUAAACCUUGUACAGAGACGUGUUAAUAGUUGUGUGAUCUCUAUAAAUGUGUUAGGAU